AUCUGGUCACACUACAUCGAUGUUUCUUUUUGGCAGCAACUUUUGCAAGUGCAGAAAAAAAGAAAAACAAAGCAGAAAAAUAUACGGAAGCAAGUGCUGCUGCUGCCGGUGCACAGAAAGCAAAUAAAUCGAAAAUCCGCGGUGCUGCAUAGUUUGCCAACCUAGCAAAGACAUCAAAAGGAACAGCAAUAACAACAACACAAAACGCCAGCGAAGAUGGCACUGAAGAAAGUGAAGGGCAACUUUUUUGAGCGUAUGUUUGAUAAAAACCUAACGGAUCUGGUGCGCGGCAUCCGGAACAACAAGGAUAAUGAGGCCAAAUACAUAUCGACGUGCAUCGAGGAGAUCAAACAGGAGCUGCGACAGGACAAUAUUAAUGUCAAGUGCAAUGCUGUGGCCAAGCUGACCUACAUACAAAUGCUGGGCUACGACAUCUCGUGGGCCGGCUUCAACAUCAUCGAGGUGAUGAGUUCGUCCCGAUUUACCUGCAAGCGAAUUGGUUACCUGGCGGCCAGUCAAUGCUUUCAUCCUGACAGCGAGUUGCUAAUGCUGACCACAAACAUGAUACGCAAGGAUCUCAACUCUCAGAAUCAAUACGAUGCAGGUGUAGCGCUGAGCGGCCUAAGCUGUUUUAUAUCACCCGAUCUGUCCCGCGAUUUGGCAAAUGAUAUUAUGACACUGAUGAGCUCAACGAAACCGUAUCUGCGCAUGAAAGCCGUCCUGAUGAUGUAUAAAGUAUUUUUACGAUAUCCCGAAGCCUUGAGACCGGCAUUUCCUAAGCUGAAAGAGAAACUGGAAGAUCCAGAUCCAGGAGUUCAAUCCGCCGCUGUGAAUGUUAUUUGUGAAUUAGCGCGUAAGAAUCCAAAAAACUACCUGCCCUUGGCUCCAAUCUUCUUCAAACUGAUGACCACAUCGACCAACAAUUGGAUGCUGAUCAAGAUCAUCAAGCUGUUUGGCGCUUUAACUCCCUUAGAACCCCGGCUAGGAAAGAAAUUAAUAGAACCACUCACAAAUCUAAUUCAUAGCACCUCGGCGAUGAGUCUCCUAUACGAAUGCAUCAAUACGGUGAUCGCGGUGCUCAUCAGCAUAAGCAGCGGCAUGCCCAACCACAGUGCCUCCAUCCAGCUCUGCGUCCAGAAGCUGCGCAUCCUCAUCGAGGACUCUGACCAGAACUUGAAAUACCUGGGCCUUCUGGCCAUGUCGAAGAUCCUGAAGACGCAUCCAAAGAGUGUGCAGGCGCACAAGGAUCUGAUAUUGGCCUGUCUGGACGAUAAGGACGAAUCGAUUAGACUGCGCGCCUUGGAUCUGCUGUAUGGCAUGGUGUCCAAGAAGAACCUCAUGGAGAUCGUGAAGCGUCUGUUGGGUCACAUGGAGCGGGCAGAGGGCUCGGCCUAUCGCGACGAGCUGCUCUACAAGGUGAUCGAGAUAUGCGGUCAGAGUUCCUACCUGUAUGUAACCAAUUUCGAAUGGUAUCUCACCGUACUGGUGGAGCUCAUCCAGCUGGAGGCUGGCUCACGGCACGGCCGUCUCAUUGCCGAGCAGCUGCUGGACGUGGCCAUUCGGGUGCCGGUGGUCCGUCAAUUUGCCGUUAACGAGAUGACCAAUCUUCUGGACACGUUCGCCGUUUCGGCGCAGAGCAACUCAAUGUACGAGGUGCUCUACGCCGCCGCCUGGAUUGUCGGCGAGUUCGCCGGCGAGCUGGAGGAUGCGGAGAAGACGCUCAAUAUCCUGCUCCGUCCCAGACAGCUGCCCGGCCACAUCCAGGGCGUUUACGUGCAGAACGUGAUCAAGUUGUUUGCCCGCCUGGCCACCACAUGCCUAGAACUUCAGGAUCUUCCUGGAUUGGUCAAGCUCUGCGAGCAUGUUCUGGAAAAGCUGCAGCACUUCAAUGGCUCCAGCGAUAUCGAGGUCCAGGAGAGAGCCAACUCCGCCUGCAUGCUGAUCGAAAUGCUGCGCACCCAACUGUCCACGACGGAUGAGACCUUAAUGGACACGACGACAACGAUGGAGGGCGGCGGCAUACCACCGCUGGCCAUUGAAAUUGUCCAGGAAAUAACGCUGCUCUUUGCUGGUGAACUGAUUCCGGUGGCGCCUAAGGCGCAACGGAAGGUGCCCCUACCAGACGGACUGGAUUUGGAUGAGUGGAUCAAUCCGCCGCCACCAGAGGAUGCGGCGAGCAGUUCGUCUUCCGAGCACGACAAGGAUGAGCUCUUUGUCAGCGCCGGAACGGGAGUGGAUGGCGGCAACGGCGGCCCCGGAAGCGGUGGAAAGCGUCGUCAGAGCUUGGAGCUGACGCCGGAGCAGCUGGAGCGGCAACGCAUGGCCCGCCUCCUGGAACAGUCCAGCAAUCCGCACUAUCUCAAGUCAACGCCAACGACGAGCGGAUCGGUGGCCAACGCGGAUCAGUAUGACAACAUCGAUGACAUUCCCAUCACGGAACUGCCGCUGGACAUGGAGGGCGUGGCAGCUCUUCGGGUGGGCAUCACAAAGCGUUCGGACAAAUAUCUGCAGGAGCAGCAGCAGGCUUCUGCCCACGGCGGCAAGGAUGGCAAGAAGAAACAUAAAAAAGGCAAGAAGAGCAAAAAGUCAAAAAAUAAAGUAGCUUACAAUAGCAGUUCCGAAUCGGAAGGAGAGCCAAAACCUUUGCACAUCGUCAACACCACACUGGACAUGCCCGAGGGCGUUUCGAUGUCGGAUAGCGAGGAUAAGGACGGCAAAUAUGAUCCCAAUGAUCCGCAUCGAGCUCUGGACAUUGAGCUAGAUAUCACGGACUUUGAGGCGCCCGCGGUCAGGUCCACCACGUCCAAAAAGUCGGCGGGCAAGGAGAAUCUCAAGGUGCCAGCGGAAUCCAUCGGCAGCAGCACCACCACCAAAAAGGAGAAAAAGGACAAGGAUAAGGACAGGGAGGGCAAGCGCGAACGUAAGGCAGCCGCUGCCCAGCCGGUGAUUGAUCUCAUCGAUGCCAAUACGCCCACACCCAGUCCCCGCCACACGUCCGCUGCCAGCAACAAUGCUUCAAAUAGUGUCCCUCCAGAUGCCGCUAAGCACCACAAGCAAAAAAAGAAGAACAAGGAGAAGGCGCAAGCGCAAGGCAUCAUCGACAUCGUCCAGGAGGAGGAGCUCAAUGAGGCGGAGCAGGCGUCCAAGUCGCACAAGAAGAAGCAUAAAAAGGAGAAAUCUCAGCGCAAGGAGAAGAAAAAGUCAUCUUCCGCUACGGCAACCGACUACGAACAGCCACUGGGCAUCUCCACGCCCAGCAAAGAGAUUUUUUAAUAGCUAAGUACCCUCCAAGUUCCAUUAAUAUUAUUAUUAUUAUUAUUAUUUUUGUUCAAAUAAUUAAUUAUAACGAUUUAUGUGUCGAAAUUCAUUUAACCAUUAUCCUGUGGACUUUCCAUUAUUUACAAUAAGUUGGAAAACAAUAACAACCACAAAAAAAAA